CUCGUGGUGAUUACGAUCAACAGGAUGUUGCCCUCGUUUAUUACGACCCAAUUUCGUUAAAUUUGGUUAAUUGUGAUGAAGAUGGCCAGGCUAACCUAAUUAGAUGCAUCAUAAUGACAAAAUGCAGGCCAUAGAACACUGUCCAUCUCUGGGUCGCUGCUUGCACUUGGUGUUGCCACAGCAACCACCAAGGAGAAAUCUGUGCAGGUCCUGAUGCUACGGCGCUACCGCAUUGAGAGGGAUGCAGCAGUCCGACUCGAGCAGAUGGGACCUCGAGAUCGGCAGUGACUCACCAACAGUAAGCAAAAUAAAUCUGGGGACACAUAGAGGGAAAAGCUGACGAUAGGCUUGGGUUACCGUGGAUUUUGCAGGACACUGUCGGUUGCCGGUUUACUGUGGGUUUUCUGUUCAACCAAAGAUCAAAGGGUCUGUUCCUGGGACCUGCUCCCCAGGGGCCACGCCUCUUACCCACUUCAGCUGGAAUAGCGGACACACCAUGGAUCACCUGACCAACAUCUGGCUUUUCCUGUCCUCAGUUUGCUUACCUGUUUUUUUUAGACCGGCAUGAAUAGUUUUUUCUCUGUAGCAAUAAAUAGCUCUCCUAUUUGCAUUCACAUUUUAAAACCAUCAGGGCUAUUUUGGUCCAAAAAAAACAAAACAAAAACGAAAGAAAAACCUCCAAGCUUUGUUUCCCAUAGUUUUGAGGAAUUCUGCAGACGAUCUCUCUAAAGGAUUAUCCAUUCGUUGCUCCUGAUUGUCUGAAGAGAAAGCGAAAGUGGCUGGUGACAGAAAUGCCCGUAUAUGCGCAUGGCGGGGGUUGAAGUGUAGGUCGACGCUAGCAUGGUGGCUGGGUUUUGCGGGUUAGUGAGAGGGAGCAGACGAGGGCCUGCGUCUAUGGAGGGGCGGGCGCUGGGCUAGGGCGACUCGCGGGCUGUUGGCCCCUCCUCCAUCUUCCUCAGAGAAUCUGUGACCUUGUGCUACACCGGCAUAGCAACAGUCAGUUUAUGCAGCAGCUUCAACUGUGAUCUCAACUAUUUCCUUUAUCCUUCAGGGCAAACCAAUAAAGCUAAAUCCGAAAUCAGGGCAGACUUAUUAAACACGCUAUAUCUGUGGACGGUUUUGUAGAGUAAUGUAAAUAGUUUUCAUUAAAAAGUCAAAAGGUGCUCUUGACCCCAAGACUCAAGACUUGUCCUCAUUGUUUUUUUUUGGAUUUAAAAAGUGGACAGAACACCACACCAGCUACGGAAGCGGAAAACUAAUUUUCAAAUCUCACUUCAAGGACUUUUGGGUGUGUGACUCAAGGAUAGCCUACAGGAGAGACCGGCGGAUACUAGCAGACUACAGCAGAGACCAGCAGUGGCUCACUGACUCUACAGGAGAGACCAGUGGCCAUAGCUGUUUGUGUGUCCCCAGUGCUCUGGAAGCUCAUCCCCUGCCCGUCAUGAGCCAGAAGCAGGACUCGGAGGCGGAGAGCCCCCAGCCCCUGGUGUACACUAUGGAGGAGCUGGAGUGCAAGAUCUGCUACAAUCGCUACGACGCGCGAACCCGCAAACCCAAGGUGCUGAGCUGCCUGCACCGGGUCUGCGCCAAAUGCCUGAAGAAGAUGGUGGAGAUGGGAGACUCCUCCCCCAGCAUCAUCAGCUGCCCGUUCUGCCGCCACGAGACCCACGUGCCCGACGAGGAGAUCUGGCUCCUGCAGGACGACAGCAACAUCCUGGCCAUCCUCACCUACCAGGACCGGGCCCGGAAGGGCGGGGCGGCCGCGGCCACGCCCGGCGAGGUGGUGCUGAGCCCCAACAGCCUGAGCGGCGGGGGCGGGGUCUGCGCCGGCGGCGGCGGCGGCGGCGGCGACCAAUCGCACAGCUCUUCCGACUGCCUGGUCAUCACCAUCAUGGAGGUGCCGGGCGAGUCGCAGUCGUCGGAGAGCAUGGGCAUGCUGAACAUGGUGCGGCUGUACCGGCCGCCCAGCCUGGACUCGCUGCCCUGCCACCUGCCCGUCCAGAAGUGCCGGAUGUGGACCUCCAGGGCCUUCCCGCGGUUCCUCAUCGGGGUGCUCUGCCUCAUCUACUUCUGCUCGCUGCCGCUCGGCAUCUACCUGCUGAUGAUCCAGCAGCUCACCCUGGGCGUGAUCCUGGUCAGCCUGGUGCCCUCCACCCUGGUCCUCUGUGUCUUCUACGGCUUCUGCCAGUGCCUGUGUCACGAGAUCAUGGAGUCCAUCGCCACAUAGCCUCGACCCGUCCCCCCACCCGCACCACUAAUACCACCACCGUCGCUCGUGUCAGUCUGGGGAGUAGACCAGGCCAGGCCCUGACAAAUAUCAAACUGACUACCCGAAUCAUCCACCCCUGCCCGCCCUAAACCUCUUCACAAACCCAUUUCAGGUUUCGCUUAAGGGUACCGGAAGUCCUCUUUACCACUGCGGUGCCAGGGGUGGGCGGCUGGCAUAGGACAGAAGCCGCCCAAGUUCCAUAACCCGCUGCGGGUCGUCACCGUGCAACCACCCAGACCGCAGCAGCAACGCAAGGGAACUUCCAACAACGAAAGCAGAUGAGAGCGGCCAUUUCUUUUGCAGGCUGUGGCUCAGGUUCAAGCGAAGGUUCAGCUCUCAAAUGACAAGCCAACUGUCAAAUAUCACUUCAUCCAAAAAAAAAAAAAAAAACUCCCAAGAUGCAUCAGAUGUCAGAAGUUUGUUUGUGUGGAUAUUCCCCAAGCGGGCUUCAGCUACAACUGUGAUCACGCGAUUGUGUUAUGAUAGAGAACGGUGAAAACAAACAUUCUCACGUUGUACUAUGCGAAUUGCGUACAGUGUUAAAUAGCUCGCCAGAAAUUCCUAUCCACGUUACCUGUGAGUGGUUUACUUUCUAAAACUCACACUUGUACAUGUAAGGAUACCUACAGUAUAGAGUGUUCAUAUAUUUUUUCAGAGUUUGGAGUUGCCAUUGUAAGGCAUGUCUGUUAAGCCAGCAGUAAUUUUGCAUCAUGAGUGUGUCUUUGUAAUUGCAGAAUGGAAUGGACAAACACCUUAGAACCGCCAAAACUGUUACAACUCUUACUAGAUACUUCAAUAAAGAUUCAAAACACA